CAGACUUGCGAUCUUUUGCUGCCCGUCCCUUAGCUACCCCUUCAUUCCCUCCAAACCACUAUGCUUUCCGCACGAGCUGCCGCCAGGCAAGUGGCCACUCGACAGUUCCGACCCGUCUACGCUGUCCGCGCUGCUUCAGCAUGGUCGAAAGUCCCACAAGGUCCACCAAGCAUUAGUACUGACACUUGCACAGGUAUCUCCGAAGCCUUCAAGGCAGACUCCCACCCGGAGAAGAUCCUCCUCGGUGCCGGCGCCUACCGCGAUGACCAAGGCAAACCCUACGUCCUCCCCUCCGUUAAAGCCGCCGAACUCCAAUUCGUCAACAGCGGCCUCGACAAGGAGUAUGCCGCCAUCACCGGCGUCGCCGACUUCGUCAAAGCGGCCACGAAGCUCGCCUACGGCGCCGACUCUGCACCCCUGAAGUCCGGGAGCAUCUCCGCCACGCAGUCCAUCUCCGGAACAGGCGCGCUGCGGAUCGGCGGGGCCUUCCUCGAGCGAUUCUAUCCCGGCACGAAGAAGAUCUACAUCCCGACGCCGUCGUGGGCGAACCACGGGGCCAUUUUCGAAGACAGUGGCCUGGAGGUGGGGAAGUAUCGGUACUAUAACAAGGACACCAUCGGGCUGGACUUCCAGGGCAUGGUCGAGGAUAUCAAGACGAUCCCCAAGGGAAGCAUUGUGUUGUUGCAUGCGUGUGCGCAUAACCCAACCGGCAUCGACCCGACGAAGGAACAGUGGAAGGAAAUUAGCAAGGCGGUGAAGGAGGGAGAGCACCAGGUGUUCUUCGACAUGGCCUACCAAGGGUUCGCGUCCGGCGACACCGACGCAGACGCGUUCGCUCUUCGCCAAUUCAUUAAGGACGGGCACAAGCCGAUUUUGGCGCAGUCAUUUGCCAAGAACAUGGGUCUCUACGGCGAACGCGCCGGCGCCUUUUCCGUCGUCUGCGAGUCCGCCGAAGAAAAGGCCAACGUCGACUCGCAGAUCAAGAUCCUCGUGCGGCCGAUGUACUCCAACCCGCCGAUCCACGGGGCGCGCAUCGCGGCCGAGGUGCUUACGAACCCGGCGCUCAACAAGCAGUGGCUGGGCGAGGUGAAGGGCAUGGCGGACCGGAUCAUCAAGAUGCGGGCGUUGCUGCAGGACAAUCUGGAGAAGUUGGGGAGCAAGCGCGAUUGGAGCCAUAUCACGAGCCAGAUCGGCAUGUUUGCGUAUACGGGGUUGACGCCUGAGCAGGUGGCGACGUUGGCGAAGGAGCAUUCCGUUUACUGCACCAAGGACGGGAGAAUAUCGGUUGCGGGUAUCACCAGCGGCAACGUGAAGCGGCUCGCUGAGAGCAUCUACAAGGUCACCGGAUAGAUGGACCCUCAUCCGAUCCGCUUCCCGUACUUUCCCUUUCACCCAUUGUUUAAUAGCCACCCUUUCCGUUGAGGUCCCAGUGCGGACAAAAAUCGUUUAGUGCAUCGCGUUCAUCGGUCUGGCGCGCGUUCAUCGGUCUGGCGCGCGUUCAUCGGUCUGGCGAGCGUUGGUAUGGUAUCCGAGGUGGCUAGAUGAGCGUCUCAUAGAUUCGAAUACAAGCUUCCAAUACACUCGAAAGGCAUGCUCGCUACCUAUACGUAUCAUAUGUGUCAUGUGUCAAGCCUGCGUUCCCAUGGAUUCUCACAAAGGUGUCGAAGCUAAGUCAGUAUUAUCAUAUCGAAGCGUAACAGAU